AUGAAUAUGAAAAUAAAUAAUAUUUUUAUAGUUUUUUGCGUAGUCAUAUUUGCGGUAGCUGCAAGUGUAGAAUUUGAAAAACAAGAUUCUAUACAUAAGCUCAUUAGGCAAACAUACUCUAACCUUUAAAGAGAGCAGGCUAAGCAUGAUCAAGAAUUCAAAAAAUUUCCCACUUAGUUUGCUAAGCAAAAAGGAUUAUACUCCUCUGACAUUAAACUGAAUUUCAUGGACUCUUCUAAUAGCUUUUUUGCUCAUCUCUUGAGAGAAUUAUUCAGUGUCUAUGAUAAUAACAUGUUUGUCACUAAUUUUGUAAUUCUUGGAUUGCUUGAAGCCUCCGAUUUAGGUCAAGUUUAACUUGAUAAUAAAUCUUUAGAAGAAGCUUUGGAUGCUUUACUCACAUUUAAGGAUAAAAACUAGAAGAAUAACACAACACCUGUUUAUAAUUUCUGGCAACAGAUUAAUGUUAAUGGUACAUGGUAAAGCUAUCCUGUUAAUCUCGAAAAUGUAGUUGAUAUCUAUAAUUCUUUACCACCAUUUAUUUAAAAGCUUUCAUCCUUGUUUGGUAUAAGCCCUGAGGAAUUAAAGCAAAUGGUAUCUUCCUUUGUUAUACCUCCUGAUAAUGACGACUCAGGUAUCAACAUCGCAUUAGGUUCUUUCUUACGUUCUCACAAAGAAAAAUUCCCUUCUUUAUACUCUAAGUGGGAGAGCUAAAAUAACGACUACGAGGGGUUUUAUUCUAUUGUUAAGAAGUAUGCUUAUAGACCUCUGACCUAACAGUUCUAAUCAAACUUUAGUACUAAUGCAUCUGAUAUAAUUGAUCCUCGUACUUACUAUUACUUACAUGAAUUUAUUUAAAAAAAUUCAGAAUAUCCUAUCUCUUUAUUUUCUACCUGGUUGAUUAACCAAAAUGAUGAAAAGUAAAAUGUUGUGAAAUAGCCAUUCCACACAAAUAAUGUAGAUUUGACUGUGAAUGCAAAUAGCUUGUUUGGCUUAAACAGUUUGCUAACUACAUUAUCUUAAGAAGAAGCUGAAAAUCUUUUUUCUAAAGAUUUAGACUUGAAAGGCCUUCAUAGAAAUGUUACUAACUUAUUGGCUUAUGGCAUAGAGAGUGGAAUUGUACUUUCUCGUCCUGAUCUCGCACUUACCUAUUAUCCUUCAGAAUAUGAUUUUUACUGGUUUGUAGCAAGGAAUGUUCAUUUAUUAAGAACAGCUAAGCAAAAUAGUAAGCUGCAUUUUGAAGAGUUAGAAUAUUGCUUAUCUACUCUAGAGGAUUCAUUACUCAAUUUUGGUAUUUAACAGCUUAUUGGCUAAUCAUAAACUGACGAUAACGGUAAUGUUUUUUGGGAAGGAUUCUUGGGUAACUAUGCAAAUAAAUCCUAUCACGAAGACAGACUUUUUUCAACUGCUGUCACUUUGAACACUCUUUUAGAUGCUUACACUUUCACUUCAAGUGAUUUAACGAAGAGAGUUUAUAUUUUAAAUACUCCAGAACAAGUAAAGAAAAUCAUUUAAAAAACUGUUGAUUUUAUUCUAUCUGUUUCUGAAAAUUAUAAAACACCAAAAAUGAACACCUUCUUUUCAGGUAGUGUAAAAGGAUUUUAAUCUUUGCCAUUCUUCUACCCAUCUAACUACGGACUAUAUUUAAAUAACGGAACUUAUAUUAAUCCUUCAACAGCUCAAAUGAGUAACAUAAGUGAUGAUUUAGUAGUUGCUUUCAAAGGUACUGUCUCAGAAUAGGAGUAUGAAUAGUAUUUAAAUCAAAAAUGGUUUAGUAUGCCAACACCUCAAAAUUUCACUGGUUUUAAUGAGCCUUAAAAUGCUUUCCCUUUCUGGUCAUCUAAAUCAAUAACAGAUGUUUUUAUAGUUCAAGCUUUAUCUAAAUAUCAAACUCUUAUAUGA